UUCGUCCUUCUCCUGCUGCUGCUGCUGCUGCUGCUUCUGCCGCUGCUGAUCACACAUGCAGACAAGGAGCAGGUCCGCCUGUGGGAUUAAUGAUCCGCACUGAGUGAUCAUCUGGAUUACACACAAAUACAUCUUUAUUUUUGUUCUUCUGGUUGAUUUUUAUUAUUGUUGUUAUUAUAGUUAUUGUGAUUUUUCUUCCUGCCACUUUCUGAGCUGUUAAAGAAACCACCUGCCAUCAUGUCUCGGGCUCCAGAUGGUGUGAGUAAACUCACUGAAAGUACAUACAAGAAUGUGAUGGAUCAGUUCAACCCCGGCCUGAGGAACCUGGUCAACCUCGGGAAGAACUACGAGAAAUCAGUCACAGCGAUGACGCUCGCGGGAAAGAUCUACUUUGAUGCCGUGUCAAAGGUCGGGGAGAAUGCCAUGGUGUCUCCGGUCUCCCGAGAGCUUGGUUUGGUUCUGAAGGAGAUCGCAGAAACACACAGGAAGGUCCACAAUGAACUUGAAGAGAACUUCAAGAGGUUUCACAGAGAGAUCAUCAUCGAGCUGGAGAAGAAGACUGAGAUGGAUGUCAAGUAUAUGAACGCCACCUUUAAGCGCUAUCAGUCGGAGCACAAGCUGAAGCAGGAUUCUCUGGACCGCUCACAGACGGAGCUGAAGAAGCUGAGGAGGAAGAGCCAGGGGAAGCACUCGUCCAAGUACGAGAUCAAAGAAAACGAGUACAUGGAGACCAUCUCCUCGCGGCAGAUGGACAUGCAGAAGUUCAUCGCCGACGGCUGCAGGGAGGCUCUGCUGGAGGAAAAGAGACGCUUCUGUUUCCUCGCGGACAAACACUGCAUGUUCUCCUACCAAAUCAGCAACUUCUACGAGAAAGCCAAAGAGAUGCUGGCCGUGAAGCUCCUGAGCUGGCAGGAGAAGUGCAGCGACAUCACCAAGGUGCCCGACACGGUGGAGAACAUGAUCGAGGAGCUCUCCACCACUCCAGAGCAAUCACCGCUGGUGGAACGUUGCAACAGGCAGAACAACAUGCCUCCUCCAGCUCCACCACUCAAGGCUCAGAUCAGUCCACUUGCAAACAUGUUUGACCCCGAGCCCAGAUCUCCACUCACUUCUUUUUCAGACCACAACUCAGAUCAGGGCAGCCUCGGUGAGGACAGUCUGUCCCGGUCCACGUCGCUGUCGUCCGGUCUCAACGCGGGCAGGAAACAGCGGGUCAGGACCAUCUUCCCACACACGGCGGGCAACAACGACACGCUCCUCAGCUUCGACGACGGCGAAGUCAUCUCCCUGUUCAUUCACGAGGAGAAGGACGGCUGGUUGUACGGCGAGCUGGAGAGGACCAAACAGCGGGGCUGGUUUCCCUCAUCAUACUGCAGACCUUACAGUGAGCCGGUGAUAUCAAACAGCAUGCGCAGCCUGAGCGUGGCCAACCUGCCGGAACAGUACGAGGAGGCGGAGCCAGUCUUGAUCCCACCCCCAGACUAUAGCGACGACAUCCCGUCCAGACCGACGCUCCCGUCGAUACCAUCACCGCAGAACAAGGUUUCUUUAGUCAAUGGCACAGCAAAGGCUCCUUUUCUUGGAGGAGGCAAUCCGUUCGCCACCGUCAAGCUGAAACCAACCGUCACGAAUGACAGAUCGGCGCCGUGCAUCUAACGCGCUGUAGGAGCAGUUUCACCGCCGUCAUGCCUUCAAGGGAAUCAUGUAACAUGGCACCCAUGUGACACAACAUACAUCAACCCACACACCCGCAGUCCUGUCUGUUUUAUCAAAGGGAUCCAUUGUUUAUUGGCAUACGUGUGCUUUACUGUGCCCAGUGUUUAUCUUUGACUUAAGCCGCAGCUGUGAUACUUUGCAUAAUUAACACAUGGAUAUUCUCUAGUGUGAAGACAGUGUCUCAUAAGCACCAAACAUUUCCACCCAAAAUCACACGGAAGGCGCAGUCUGUAAGAAUUAGUGACAUCUAAUGGUGAUACUGCAGAUUGACAACAAACGGAGGACUCAAUUCCAAACACGCCGGGGAACUACGGUGGCCUUCGCUGAUCAGAAAGGACGUGAGACACUCUUUUGCAGCUCUUUCUGCUGUCAUCUCCUCUUUCCUCAUUGGUUUAUGCAUCAGGUUUAUGUGGUUUACCUUUGUUUGUGUAAUACGUGUCAGAAUGGUUGAAACUGAAUGCCUAAACAAGUACAGUACAUUCUAAACUUACGUUAGAAUGUUCCCUUAAAGUUAACUUGAUUUAUUUAGGUGUAACUUAGGAGUCAUUUGCUUUUUUUGAGUGAAGAAAGAAGGGCAGCACAUGGUGGCGGCCAACGCAAAGCAAGGUUAAUGCUUAAAGUACAUAUGAAAGGCGAUUUUUCACUUAUACUAAACAUAUUUAUGGGUAGUAUAUUCAAACACUCCCAAAUAGUGCACACUGGGUCUUUAAGUUCUCAUGAAAAUGACAGCUAAAUUCAAUUUAAUCCAUUCAAAAAGAGUGAUAAAUUGUCAAAACAAACAAGUCGGAUGAUGAUAAACAAUAGAGCUGACAAAUCAAAGUAAGAAAAGGUAAAGGAAAACGAACGUUGGGGACUCCAAUUGACAUGGAACACCCAUCACAAUUUCACUUUGAUUUCACCAAAUCAUCCAUUAUAGCAUUUCAAAACCAAUGGAAAACAUUUGAACGCUAUCUAAUGUCCUAAACAACCAAUUUAAUGUGUCUGGGAAUUUUAAAUCAUGCGUUUAUAAGACAUUUGCGGUGAAAUGUAAGGCUGAGAUGAACCUGCGUCUUCAUUUCUGGGGGUGAACUCCUUCCUUUAAAGGCCGUGUCUGUGAGGAGAAAAGUGCUCAUUAUCUCACUUGUGCUGCAAAGGAAGCGCUCCAGGUGUGAGCGACAGUGGCAGGAUGAGGACGGGAAAGACCACCACUCUAGGCUGUCUUCAUGAAACAAACAUAUAUAUGUGUACAUCAUUAUUAUUAUUGUUGUUAUUUUUCUUAUAAUUAUUGUUGUUUUGUCUUUCUUUUUUUCAAAGACGCACAGAGAUUGUAAGAAUGAAGGGAGAGCGACGUGCUGGGAAAUGAUUGUUGAUGCUGAAGACAGCACGUCGGUUUAAAACCAGGAGGCUAUUUAUAAACAGUGAGUUUGUAUGAGAUAUUUAAAAAUUAAAGAAAAUGUGUAUACAGAAGUCCAGUGAGCGUUUUGAAGGGCCAGGAUUUUUGAUUGGACUGCUGCUGCUGGUAUGUGUGUAUGUCAUGUGGCUAAAGUGACCUUUUUAAUGAAGGGAUUAUUCUUCACAACUCCACUGUUUUCAUGUGUAUGAACAAAUGUAAAUGGCCGACGUUCACAUUUCCUGUGAACACAGUGGGUGUGUGUUGAGUAUUUUAUGAGGAAAGGGACAUUUUUUUACCACGUUUAUUGAUUUACAGGAUGUAAAUGUGUGUGCGAUUUAAAAACAGUUUAUUGACUCACACGAUGCGUGUUAAGUGAACUCAUCACAGACAGUAAAUACAACAUGCUUUCUUCAGAAUAUCUUUUUUUCUACUGUGUUCGACGACAUGAAGUCUUCUUAUUUUCAUCAAUAAAACAUGUUUAACAAAAUUUUGUCAUGCAUAAUAAAAGUUCAUUUGCAUCAGA